CAGAAAGGCAGUGUCCGCCGAGCCAGCAGUGGUCCUAAACACGCGCCUGCCUGCUUAUCCACCAUGAGCCUCAAGCCCGCAGGCCCACAGACCACAGACCAUCACCUGGGAUGACCCCUGAUGGACGUGCAGCUCCAAGUGAGACCACAUGCCCAGACGCACAGAGCUUGGUCUGGGUUCCUGGAUGCCUCUACCUGUCCUGAGACACAGCCUGGAGAGCAGAACCGGCUGUGGAGUUGGAUGGACCUGCUCCCUAGACCAGUUCCUGACACUACCUCUUUGAGCCCCGAGGAGGCAUCCUGGCCUGAGGUGGACCGAGCUGGCAUCUGUGAGGCAGAUGUGGCCAGCCCUCACCUCGUUCUCCAGAAACCACCAAAAAGUCAGCCCAGCUGACCAACAGAGAUCCCAGACCCUUCUCUGCAAAUUCAUGGAGGUGGUGGCCACUAAGAGCCAACAACGUUCCGCAGACUCCUACCCCAGCCUCCCUUCACUGCACGGGCCUGCCUUCCAGACCUCUCUGCAAAGCUCCAACACGCCCUCACGCACACCAGGGCCAGCUAAUGACCUACCUCUGGUCCAUCAAGUCCCUCUUUUGGACUGUUGCUUCUCCAGCUCCUCUCACAAUUGAUAGAGGGUCAGAGACGACCAGGGACCCUUCCCUCAUGCUCCACAUAGCGGAUGCCUCCGGGUCCGGUUUCCAAGCACUGGCUCGUGCAUUUACCCCAUGGGAUGAUGAUGAUGAAGUACUCAGCCUUAUUCCUAACGCUUGGCUUCCUGUGAAACUGUUCCACUCUGGAAAAACCCUGGACCACUGGCCAUGAGGGUCAUACACUCACCUUUCCCCUUCUUUGGUAAUCAAGUUCAGGAGCUCUAAAGAGUUUGUGGCUGCAUGAAAUCACUUCAGAGCAACACCAGGAGAGGAGACACAUGUCAUCAGCGAAUCCAGCAGCACCGACCUCAGAGAUGCGGAAGGGCGGUCGGCGCCCGGCAGCGCAUCCAGCUCCUCCGGGCUCCUCACGGCUUCGGCUUCCAGGCGGAGGGCUCUCGACGCGGGGCGGCGGCGGCGGCGGCAGAGAAGGCUGAGACCGCUCCUCUUCGCUCCGGAGCCUCCCUCGGACUCAGCACCUGGAGUGGCGAACAGCUCCGCGCCUCAUUCCGCUGACCCCGCCUCCUCCGUGCCUCCGUAGCCAAUAGAGACCCGAGCCCCGCCCAGGGGUCGCCCAUUGUGGGGGCACAUCUCCCCUCCCUUCGGCCCCGCCCGCGGGUUCUUCUGUCUCUCUUGCUAGACCAAAUCCCCGAGAGCCCGCCGGUGUUUUCGUACAGCCUUCUGGAACUUGUAGUCCUUUAAGGACGCGGAGUGGGCUCAUGUCUCGGGCAGAUAAUGAGAGAUAGACUGCAUUUCCCAGGGUGCAUUGACAAAACAGAGGCGCUGAGGAGGGCGGGAGGACUGUUUCUAUAGCAAAGGCGACUGGUUGGGGACGGCUGACGGAGUAAUGGGGCAGGCCGCCGGACCCUCGAAGGAUUGUGCGUGACUUCGGGCAGCCUCCUUUGGGAGGCCGUUUCCAUUCUCUUUUCACCUCGGUCCCCACCCCGGGACUCUGGGCCUCAGUUUUCUUAUCUGGAAAGAAGGGCGUGGAGUCGUCUCCCCGCCCACACUCCGCGGUGUUAGGGCAAACCGAGGGCGAGCUGCCCAGCAAAGGUGAGAGAGGAUGGAGACCUCCGGCUUGAGAGUGGAAGGGGCGCAUUCUGAACUUUAUCCCUUUGUUUUUGCUUCUGUCUUGUCAUAGAGGAGCGCUUUGUUUUUGGUCAUUUUCCUUGGGCCAUCAAGGCCUUCUCAUCCCGGAUUCUGGCCUCCUUCACGCCACGCCCCGUACCGCAGCGUCUCCCACAGCGUAGUCAGAGGGCGCUUCUGCUUAAAACCCUUCACCAGUCUUCCCAUUGCCUUCGGAAUUAAACCCACAUUCCUCAGUGUCAAUCUAAAGGCCCUUCAGGAUCUGGACUCCACCUUCUUGCAACACUCUGAACUUCUCUGGAAGCUGGGAAGCCCUAAGCAAUUGUUCUCUCACGUGGGUCCCUCCACCCUGCACUCAGCUAAUGCCUCACACUCUUCAAGCCCCAGCCUAGACGCUGCCUCCUCAGUGAAGCCUUGCCAGAUGCCCGGCUCCAUAUGAGGUGUUGACCUGGCAUGCAGUCCCUGUGGCUCCUGUGUGGCCCCAUUUCUGCCCUCUGAAGCAACAGAGUCCACGCACCAGAUGUUACAAAACCUCCCUACCUUGGCUGCCCAUCUCUGCAAAUAUGUGACCAGACUAGAGUGGUCAACCCCAGCCUCGUCUACAGGAGUGCAUACUCGCUCCCAGAAAGCAGGAUCUUUCCUGCCCGAUCUACCGCAGUAUCCCGCCUCUAGCAACACGCCCCUGGCACAGAGAAGACGCUCAGUGACUGUUACUGGAAUAAGCGGACGCAGGAGUACUCAAGCCCCACCCUCCGACCCGUUGGGCCCGGAUAGCGGUCCCCACUGGGGCGCCUCGGAAAGCUAAGCGUCCUACCAGGCAGCCUCCGUGGGACCCAUGCGCGGUGGCCGCUGGGAAGUGUACUAGCGCGCCCGCCGCGACCCGGCGGUUACGGGAGAAAGGCUCCGCAUGCGCAGGCGCACUUCCGGCUUUGCCCCGCCGCUGCAGCCAUUGUCCGGCCCAGGUGCGGCGAAGGCCGCCCCUCGGACUUCAGAGUUGCAGAGGACUGAACCGGCACCGGGGACUGGAGGAGCCGGCCCGAGCCCUGGACCCUGUCUAGGAGCCGGGCCCGGCGACGCAGGAAUGGCCCCAAGGCCUCCGACGGCCAGGCCGCAGGAAUCGGUGACAUUUAAAGAUGUGGCUGUGAACUUCACCCAGGAAGAAUGGCACCACAUGGAUCCCGCUCAGAGGCGCUUGUACAGGGAUGUGAUGCUGGAGAACUAUAGCCACUUGGUUUCUCUUGGAUAUCAAGUUUCCAAGCCAGAGGUGAUCUUCAAAUUGGAGCAAGGAGAAGAGCCAUGGAUAGCAGAGGGAGAAAUCCAAAGACCUUUCUGUCCAGACUGGAGGACCAGGCCUGAAGCCAAAUCUUCAAAUCUGCAGCAGAGCAUAUCUGAAGUAUCCCUUAGCACAGAUGAUCCCUCAUGUACCACGUUAGAAGACACUUGGGAUGUUAAUGGCCAGUUAGAGAGGCACAAGGAAAACUGGAAGAGACAUUUGGGGCCAGAUGCAUCCACCCAGAAGAAAAUAAUCACACCAGAGGAAGCUUGUGAGCAAAAUAAAUUUGUUGAAAAUUCUAGAUUGAACACAGACCUGGUUACACAACUGAACAUUCCUCCAAGGUCUCAUGAAUGUGAUACACUUGGGAGCAAUUUGGGACAUAAUUCAGACUUACUCAGUCAGAAUAAUAUCCUUGCAAAAAAGAAACCUUAUAAAUGUAAUAAAUGUAGAAAAGCCUUUAUUCAUAGGUCAUCACUGACUAAACAUGAGAAAACUCAUAAAGGAGAUGGAACUUUCCCCAACGGUACAGAUCAGGGAAUUUAUCCUGGAAAGAAACACCAUGAAUGUACUGACUGUGGGAAAACCUUCCUCUGGAAGACACAACUUACUGAGCAUCAGAGAAUUCACACUGGGGAGAAACCCUUUGAAUGUAAUGUGUGUGGGAAGGCCUUCAGGCAUAGCUCAUCCCUUGGUCAGCAUGAGAAUGCUCAUACUGGAGAGAAACCCUAUCAGUGUAGUCUCUGUGGGAAAGCCUUCCAGCGCAGCUCCUCCCUUGUUCAACACCAGAGAAUUCACACUGGAGAGAAACCAUAUCGAUGUAAUUUGUGUGGUAGGUCAUUUAGGCAUGGCACAUCCCUCACUCAGCACGAGGUCACACAUAGUGGAGAGAAACCCUUCCAAUGUAAGGAAUGUGGGAAAGCCUUUAGUCGGUGUUCUUCCCUUGUCCAGCAUGAGAGGACUCACACAGGAGAGAAACCUUUUGAAUGUAGCAUAUGUGGGAGGGCUUUUGGUCAGAGCCCAUCCCUUUAUAAACAUAUGAGGAUUCAUAAGAGAGGCAAACCUUACCAAAGCAGUAACUACAGCAUAGAUUUCAAGAGCUCAUCUCUUACUCAAGAUGAAAACACUCUCACUGAAGUGAAAUCCUAUCAUUGCAAUGACUGUGGGGAAGACUUCAGUCACAUUACAGACUUCUCUGACCAUCAGAGGAUCCACACUAGAGAAAACCCCUAUGAUUGUGAGCAGGCCUUUAGUCAACAAUCUAUUUCUCACCCUGGCGAGAAACCCUAUCAAUGUAAUGUAUGUGGGAAAGCUUUCAAAAGGAGUACGAGUUUCAUAGAGCAUCACAGAAUUCAUACUGGAGAAAAACCCUAUGAAUGUAAUGAAUGUGGAGAAGCCUUCAGUCGACGCUCAUCACUGACUCAACAUGAGAGAACCCACACUGGAGAGAAACCCUAUGAAUGUAUCGACUGUGGUAAAGCCUUCAGUCAGAGUUCAUCUCUCAUUCAGCAUGAGAGAACUCAUACCGGAGAAAAACCCUAUGAAUGUAAUGAAUGUGGGCGAGCUUUCCGAAAGAAAACUAAUCUGCAUGAUCAUCAGAGAAUCCAUACUGGAGAAAAACCCUACGCUUGUAAGGAAUGUGGGAAAAACUUCAGUCGAAGCUCAGCUCUUACUAAACAUCAGAGAAUUCAUACACGAAAUAAACUCUAGGAACCUUGACAUUAGGGAAUGUGCCAAAAGCUUUAGCUAAAAUAUUGUUCUUAUUCAGUAUCAGAGGAUUCUUACUGGAGAGAAAGCUUGAGAAUGUAAUGAAUUGUGUGUGUGUAUGUGUGCACAUUUUGUGUGGAGAAAACUCUGUGCUAGUAGACAGUGUUUUUUUUAAUAAAAGCCACAUUCUCUGGGACUUCCCUGGUGGUCCAGUGGUUAUAAGACUCCACGCUUCCAACUGCAGGGGCACAGGUUCGAUCCCUAGUCGGUGAAGAUCCUGCAUGCCAUGUGGUGCAGCCAAAUAAGAGAAAAAAAAAAAAAAAGGAAAAGAAUAAAUAAAA